AUGGCCGGGACUUUCAGCCAUGUCGUGGGAGAAAUCAUUGCCAAGCCUCACUGCUAUGUAGAGGAACUUGACCUCCUUAGUCCUCGCGACCACGCGCAAAUCACACUUUGGAACAGCAGUUUACCAGAGCAACGCGAGGAAUGUAUUCAUCAUCUGAUCACGGAACGUUGUUACCGCCAACCAGAAGAACUAGCCAUUUCGUCCUGGGAUGGCAACGUCACCUAUCAAGAGCUGCAGGACUUGUCUUCGCAGUUUGCUCAUGAGUUGUUCUCCAUAGGAAUCGGACCGGAAACAUUUAUUCCUCUGCUUUUCGAUAAGUCCAAAUGGACCUAUAUUGCCAUACUUGGAGUCCUCAAAGCUGGAGCAGCAUUCGUCUUGCUCGACUCAUCAUACCCACAGAGUCGACUGAACACCAUUUGCCAAGAGGUGAAUGCCAGUCUGAUUGUUUCAUCUCCAGAACUGUUGGAUCUAGCGAGCUCGUUGGUGCACAAAGUCCUCUGUGUCAGCGAGACUCAGUCAUACUGGACCAAAACCAUCCCACAGGCAUGGAGCAACCCCGCCAGCAAACCGACAGAUGCCUUGUACAUCGUUUUUACCAGUGGGUCGACUGGUAAACCCAAAGGCGUGAUAAUAGAACACAUUGCAUUUGCUACCAGAGCCGCUGCCGCAGGCCCGCGCUUGCAAUUAGACCAGAGACCAAGGGUAUUACAAUUCUCCUCUCACGCAUUCCAUGUCACUUAUCGCGACGUUCUCACAACUCUAAUCUGGGGAGGUUGUCUGUGUGUGCCAUCCGAAAAAGACCGCAAGAAUGAUCUCUCAUCCUUCAUGGCCACAAGUGGUGUAAGCUGGGCCAGUCUGACGCCAUCUGUCGUCGCGCUCCUUGAUCAUAGAAAACUUCCGACUCUGAAAUGGUUGGUAGUCGCAGGUGAACACAUGCCUCGUGCGGUAAUGGAUGCAUGGGUGGAUCGGGUACAGCUCAUGAACGCCUACGGUCCGUGUGAGUGUGUCGGUAUCAACGCUGUACAGUCCAAACUCAACUCACAAAUGGAUUGUCAAAACAUUGGUCAUGGUCUUGGAGCUGUCCUGUGGCUUGUUGAUCCCAAUGAUCAUAACAAAUUGGCACCGAUUGGAACCAUCGGCGAGAUCGUCAUUCAGGGCCCAGCAAUGGGGAGAGAAUAUAUCAAUCAGCCGGAAAGAACCCAAAGUUCUUUUCUUUCUUGCGCGGCAUGGCAACAAAAAUUUCACGAUGGCGAACGGAAAAGACUCUACAAAACGGGUGAUCUCGGCCGAUACAAUGCCACCGACGGCACAAUCAUAUUCUUCGGUCGCAAAGACACACAGACCAAGCUGAAUGGACAGCUGGUAGAGCUGAGAGAGAUUGAAUUUCACCUCCAGAAGAGCCUGGCUCGUAUUGAAAUAAUUGUGCCUAAGGUGGCAGUCGAGGUCGUCAUUCCCCAAGGUGCAACUGUACCACGGCUUUUGGCAUGCAUCGAAACACCAACUUGUGAAUUCAACACAGCAACCGCGAUCGGCCCCUCUGAAGCUGUCCGUGAAUCUUGGCGAGAUCUUGAGUCUCAGCUUGCCAAAGCUCUUCCCAGGUUUAUGGUUCCCUCUUGCUUUAUCCCAAUACAACGAAUGCCCAUCACCAUGUCAAAGAAAACAGACCGGAAGAGUAUAAGGAGUCUUCUUGCAAGCCUAACGCUCACUGAUAUUCAAAGAUACGGCGGGGUUGAUCUAGUCCAUGAGGAACCACCCACUGGUGAACGGGAAACAACCCUUCGGUCACUUUGGGCAGCUGCGCUCAACCAAAAGGUUGAAAGUAUCGGUCGCCAUAGUCACAUUUUCCGACUUGGAGGAGAUUCAGUGACAGCGAUGAAACUUGCGAGUCUUGCCCGUGAGAGCGGCUUUGAUUUGAUGGUUGCGGACAUAUUCCAAUGGCCAGUACUUUGCGACCAAGCCCAAGUGUUUUCGGACUUUCCUUCCUCGCAGAAUGGAAUAAGUGCGGCUUCACUCCCGUACGUCCCGUAUUCUCUAGUCGGGAACGACGUCGAGAAAGUCCUGGAAAGCUCAGUGCGACAAUGUGCUUUACCGUCAGAUGAAAUUGAAGAUGUCUACCCGUGCACAGCUUUGCAAGAAGGCUUAAUGGCACUUACCCUGCAGAGACCUGAGGCAUAUACGGCGCAACAUGUCUACCGUAUGGUUUCGGAAAUACAGGAUGAAGAUUAUCGAGCCGCUUGGAGCACGACUAUUGCCGCCAAUCCAAUUCUUCGGACACGGAUUGCGCAGACUCGGAUGGGUGCAUUUCAAGUUGUCACGAAAAGCUCGGAACCGAAGUGGAGAGUCCACAAUGAUCUAGAUCAAUAUCUGGCGGAGGAUAAAGCAGAUCCCAUGCAACUUGGAGACACCCUUAUUCGGGUUGGGAUGAUAUCAGAGGAUUCUGGCGAUCGACUAUGUGUAAUCACCAUUCAUCACGCAUUGUAUGAUGCCUGGUCGAUGCCUUUGGUUAUCAACGAAAUUGCAAAAGUUUGCCGCGGGGAACGUCUAUCUCCACGACAUUUCUCCCCGUUCAUCAAACAUAUCAAGGAUAUGCAGAGUGAGUCUCAGGUCUUUUGGGCUGCCAAAUUGGGCGACUGCGAUACGACCUUCUUUCCAUCGUCGUCAUCAUCAAACCACAUUCCGGUACCAAACUCCUCUACGCAGAAGAUCGCUGUCGCAUAUGAUCCUUCCUCUUUUGAAGGAUUCACUCUCUCCAGUCGAAUCAGACUGGCAUGGGCAGUGACCCUGAUGCACUAUACAGGUAAUAAAGACGUCGUGUUCGGCGCGACAGUCAGCGGUAGAGGUGCAUCUGUGCCUCAUAUCGACAAUAUAACCGGUCCCACUAUUGCAACAGUACCCGUCCGCGCUCAACUGACUCAUGAACAUACAAUUCGAACACUGCUUCAAAACAUUCAAGCCGACUUUCUCGAAACCAUACCACACGAGCAACUGGGCUUGUCUCAAAUCAGCAAACUUAACAACGGGACAUACUCGGCGUGUCAGUUCCAGAAUCUGCUGGUUAUUCAAGCCCAAGAAAGUGAUCCAGAGUAUGAUCACAUGAAGCCCUUGCGCCGUUCAUCUGCGAAGGAUUCAGCUUCAUUCGGCUCCUACGCGAUGACCAUCACGUGUGAGACCAAGAGAGGUGCGAAUGAAGUUACCAUGCAAAUAAUGUUUGAUAGGGACAUUCUCAGUUCCUCUCUGGCAGAAAGGAUUUCAUAUCAUUUCGCACAUGUCUUAUCAACCGUUAACUCGAGCCUUGACAUGACCAUUGAAGAUAUUCCAUCCGUCAGCCCGCAAGACAUGGCGGACUUGAGCAUCUGGAACGGUAAUCUACCAAGUACAGUGAAGGUCUGUGUGCACGAUGUGAUUGGGGAGCAUUUUGCAUCGCAGCCAGAUGCGGAGGCUGUGUCUGCUUGUGAUGGAAUUUUGACAUACUUUCAACUCCAACAGUAUUCCAUGAGAUUGGCACGCAUUUUGACGGAACGGGACUCGCAGCAAGAUGCCAAGAAAGAUGGCAGUGUUGGGGGCAUUGUGCCUAUCUGGAUGAACAAGUCCAAGUGGGUUCCCGUAGCAAUGCUUGGAAUUAUGAUGGCUGGCAAAACAUUCACUCUUUUGGACCGCUCUUACCCACUGGAACGCACAAAUCUGAUGAUUGAAGAAACAUCCGCUUGCAUAGUGUUGAUCAACGAGCCAAAUUUCGAGCCUAGGCUGAACGAAAAAGUCAUAUGCAUCUCCAUCCCAGAACUGUGCAUAAAACCAGAUGCAGACACCCAAGCAACACACAUCAUUUCAUCCAACCCGGAAGAUUGUGUAUACGUAGCAUGGACCUCUGGAUCAACUGGCAAACCGAAGGGUGCAAUGGUUAGCCAUGGGUCAUUGGUAUCUACCUUUCAGAGGACCAACGCUACUUUCGGACGCACAUCGUCAUCUAGGGUGUUGCAAUUUGCUUCCUUUGCAUUUGAUGUUAGCAUCGAAGACAUUCUUACCGCACUCAUGGUUGGAGCAUGCGUCUGUAUGCCCUCCGAUGAGGAAAGAAAGAAUUCGCUAGCUUCAUACAUUCAGAAUCAGCGGGUGACCUCUGCCGACUUGACACCUUCUGUAGCGCGCUUGCUACAGCCCUCCAAGCUGCCUUCAUUGAAGACAAUUAUAAUGGGCGGUGAGGCUGUUUCGCAAGAUGAUAUUUGCUCUUGGAAAGACUAUUGCAAUGUUGUUAUUGUUUACGGGCCGGCAGAGUGCUCCUCUACUUGCACCAUGCAUCGGGAUCCCCAAGCGGCUGAUGGAAACUCGAUCGGAUGGCCAAAGGGCACGAAUUGCUGGGUUGUGGAUCCGGCCGAUCAUAACACCCUCGUGCCGAUUGGGGCGGUUGGAGAGCUUCUCAUCGAAGGACCCAACGUUGGAAUGGGUUACUUGAAUGAUCCUGAGAAGACAAAAGCGGCUUUUAUAGAGAGCCCCGGGUGGAUUCUCGAAUUUCGCGCUGGACAGCAUACACCCCUCUACAAGACUGGAGAUCUAGUACGGUACGAGCCUGCCGGAAACUUUCGGUUUUUGCAGCGAAAAGACAGCCAGGUGAAGCUCAAUGGUCAGCGCAUAGAGCUGGGUGAGGUGGAACACCACAUAUUACAUGCUCUGCGCGAAGAUGACAUAGAUGCCGCCAGUAUGGUCGAGGCUAUCACUGCGGAGCUGGUCUAUCCACAAUCUCAAAGAGGGAGACCCGCUCUUGUGGCUUUCCUGUUGGUGAAAGACCCGCCAAGAGCUUCCCAGAGAUGCGGAGGCAGUUAUGCCUUCCUUCUUUCGCAAUUUACCCAAUUCGAGGACAUGUGCCAUAAUCUUCAAUCUGCACUGCUGGCUCGUGUACCUCGCCAGCUCGUACCGACAGCAUUUUUGCCUCUCUCAGCUAUGCCAUAUUCAGCCUCAAAAAAGACCGAUAGAAAAAAAUUGCGAGAGCUUUGUUCAUCACUGCCUGUCAGCGAUUGGCAAGUCUUUGCCGGGCAACAAUCAAAGAUCAAACAGCCGCCACGCACCCACGCAGAGCAGAAACUUUACAAUAUCCUGACAGAUGUGCUCAAAAACGAUGAAUUUGGAAUGAGCGAUAACUUCUUUCACCUUGGUGGAGAUUCAAUUAUGGCCAUGAAGCUUGCUGGGGUAGCACGAGAAGAGGGCAUCCGGAUUCGCGUGGCAGAUAUUUUCCAGUUUCCUAUCCUCGAAGCACUGGCCGAACGGAUGACGAGUGAAGAUGAAACCCAGCAGACGCAUCCUUUUGAGCUUCUGUCCGGUGAUGCCGCCCGAGAGAAGGUUUUUGAAGCGGUAGAACGGACCUUUGGUAUCUCCCGCAACCAUAUUGACGAUAUUUACCCGUGCACCCCGCUUCAGGAAGGCAUGUUUGCAUCGACUAUCAGAAAUAACGAGGGAGCCGACAAUCUCUACGUAACACAGAUGACAUUCAAACUCCCUGAUACUAUCGACGUGGAAAGAUUGCGGAUGGCAUGGGAACUGACUGUCAAGAGAAAUCCCAUCCUGCGCACCAGAAUUUACUCGGACAUGACUGAAACCCUUCAGGUGGUGCUCAAAGAACAGGAACUUCAGUGGGAGGAUCGAGGGGAAACACUUGAAGAAUUUGCCCAACGGAAUUCAAAGCGUGACCUACAAGUUCAAGAAUCUUUGCUAUGUUUCACGAUAACUAAAGAUCGCCAAGCCCCCUGUCAUCACUUGAUUAUCACCAUUCAUCAUGCGCUAUAUGAUGGUUGGUCGUGGCCAUUGAUUUUCGAUGAGGUGGAGGGUGCAUACAAUAACACGCUGCCUUCGGAAUUACCACCGCCAUUUGUAUCCUUUAUCAAGCAAAUUCGAAAAAUUGAUGACACAGCCAUGGCGCGCUUUUGGGCAUCUGAGCUCACGGAUAUCGACGCACCAAUUUUUCCCAAAAAUCCGACAUCAUCAGUUAUGCGCAAAUCCAUUGAGACUUGCAAAGCCUCUUCAUCCUGCGUCCUUCCGUCUGUCCAGAUGGGGAUCACAUCUGCAACAGUCGUUCAACUUGCCUGGGCAUUGACGUUGAAUCAUUACACCGAUAGUAACGACACAGUGUUUGGCCUUGCAACUUCCGGGAGAGAUACCCCUGUCAAUGGGAUUGAAAGAAUCAUUGGGCCGACAAUUGCCACGUUUCCUGUUUUUACUCGAAUUGACAAGAGUAAAAAUAUACAAGAGCUACUUUCAGAUAUGCAAUCGCAUGUCAGUGAGAUGACUCCUUAUCAGCAUUUCGGGUUGCAAAACAUUGCUCGGUCUAGCCCCAGCGCGGCAGCAAUAUGCCAGUUCAACAAUAUACUGGUUGUCCAGACAGAGGCAUCUAAAAGUGGCUCGCAGAUUUUCGGGAAGACCAUUCGGGGCUCUGAGGGCACCCGAGCUGCAUUCGCUCAAUUUGCCCUCACUUUGGACUGCAAGCUAGUCGACUCCGGAAAAUCUGUCAAUGUCGAGGCGAGCUACGAUGUCGAUGUACUGCCUCGAGUUCAAAUGGAAUGGAUCUUAGCUCAAUUUGUUCAUUCAAUCGAAUGGAUAACCCGGAAUCCCGAAGGUAGGCCAGGUGACAUUGCGGCUGUGAACCCGAGGCAUAUCUCCAAAGUACAAAAAUGGAAUGAAACUCUUCCGAGUUCAGUUCGUACCUGUGUCCCCGAUUUGAUCAGCCAACACUGUGAAAUCAGACCAACAGCCGUAGCGGUCGCUGCCUGGGAUGGUGAGCUGACAUACAAAGAACUUGAUUUGCUUACCUCUGGGCUCGCUAAGAGUCUUUCGCAUGAACAUAAGGUCGGCGCAGGUCAAUUUGUUCCUAUAUGUUUUGAGAAGUCAAAAUGGUUCGUGGUGGCUAUGCUCGCGGUCCUGAAGGCAGGAGGAGCCUUCUUGUUACUUGACCCAAUGCAACCUAUCAACCGCUGGCAUGCUCUCUGUCAAAGAGUCUCAGCCGAGGUUGUUUUGGCGUCCGCUACCUGGACGAAGCCUAUGGUGGAUCUGGGCUGGAAAGUCGUUACCGUGUGUGAUAAGAUAGAGAAAGAGGACCGUUUCAAAGAUUAUCAUCAUAUUGCACUCUCUCAAGUGAGCCCUGAUGACCCCGCUUAUAUAUGCUUCACAUCAGGGUCGACUGGAAACCCGAAAGGCGUGGUGAUUGAGAACUCCAUGGUAGCCACGAACGCUGUCAUGUCUGCAGGUGUGCAGAGGCUCACUCCGACAUCCCGCGUUCUUCAAUUUGCCCACUUUACGUUUGACGCAGUUAUCAAUGAAACUGUCUAUGUUCUAGUCAACGGGGGAUGCAUUUGUAUUCCUGAAAGUGUCGAGAGUCGCUCCGUGGUACGUACGAUCAAUCGAUACAAUGUGAAUUGGGCCUUCAUGACCCCGUCCGUUGCCCGUACGGUUGAUCCAGAGGACGUGCCCGGGCUGAAGACCUUGGUAAUUGGAGGUGAACCAUUUGAAGAAGUCGACAUAUUAACCUGGGCCCAUCGUGUCUAUCUGCUGAAUGGCUAUGGUCCAACUGAAUGUACUGUGAUGUCGAACAUGAAAGGCCCAAUCCUUAGCAGCCGUGAUAUCGGCAACAUUGGCCCUGGAAUCGCAGCUGUUUCUUGGGUGGUAGACCCCGACAAUAUCCACCAGCUCAUGCCACUUGGCGCCGUGGGAGAGCAUCUAAUCGAGGGCCCUAUCGUCGGUCGAGGAUAUCUGAAUGAGCUCGAAAAAUCCGCAGCCGCCUUUAUCAAACCACCGUCGUGGCUGGAAUGCUUCCGACCAGGCGGAGCAGGCCGUUUGUAUCGGACUGGAGAUCUUGUCCGGUACAGUUCCGAUGAUGAUGCCUCAAUUCAGUAUAUGGGUCGCAAAGACAACCAGAUCAAAAUUCGCGGGCAGCGAAUUGAACUGGGUGAGGUCGAACAUCACCUACGGCAGUGUUUUCCUCGAUCUAAAUCCGUUGUCGCGGAGAUGAUCAACCCAAGCCACGCCAAAACUCGACACUUCCUAGCAGCAUUCAUCUAUGAUGAGUUGGAAAGGGACAUUACUGGAAUCAUUGACAGCUUAAAUGCGCCUCAUAACGAAUCACUGUUCUUUGCCACGCCUUCCAAAGAUUUCCAAGCACAAAUUUCAGAAGCCAAGCUGGACCUCAGAAAGCAUCUGCCCAGCGCGAUGGUUCCAGAGAUUUUCCUUCCUCUUCUUCGUCGGCCUUUGAACACUUCGAACAAAUCAGAUCGUCGACUACUCAGAGACAAGGCGUCAAAUCUUUCAUUUCAAGAACUCCAGUCGUAUCAGUUCGAGAAUACAUCAAGGGAACAUCAACUGCCUACAACCUCCAAUGAGAUAGUUCUUCACCAACUUGUUAGCCAAGUACUUGGUAUUUCUCCCGAAGAUUUCGGGAUGGAAGCCAAUUUUGUUUCUUUGGGCGGUGAUUCCAUCCUGGCCAUGAGACUGGUUGGGUGGGCAAACAAGCGUGGGCUCGUCUUGACUGUGUCAGAUAUCUUCACCCAUCGUCAGCUUAAAGAUCUUGCUCUCGCUAUUUCAGUUCAAUGCACGCAUGAGCAUAUGGUGGAAUAUUCUCAUUUUCAACUUAUCAAUUCCGAAGACCGUGAGUUCCUUAUAAGCAAGGCCAUGGAGGAAUGCGGUGUUCAGAGAGCGCAAAUCGAGGAUAUAUACCCUUGUACCCCUCUCCAAGAGGGCCUACUCGCACUCACUGCACGCCAGAAGGGUGCCUACACUGGUAAAUUCGAGUUACAACUUCCCAAAGAUAUCGACCAUUCAAGGUUUCAGAACGCAUGGGCUACUAUUCUACAGUCGAACCCCAUUUUGCGUACGCGGCUUAUCCUGGUUCCCCGUCAUGGCACGCACCAAGUAGUACUUCGGGAAGAUAUCGAUUGGAGCUCUGCGAUGAACUCCUCAGGUGUUGAGAUGUCAUUUGGUUCGCCCUUGAUACAAUUCGGCUACUCCGCCAAUGGAAAUUUCACCGUGAUUUUGCAUCAUGCGCUUUAUGAUGAGAUAUCAUUGGGAAAUGUGUUUCAGCAGCUUGAACGAGCGUACAAGGGGCAAACUGUUGAAACGCAGCCCUUUACACCCUACAUAAGAUACUUGUCUGAGUUGAAGCCCGAGGAAGGCUGUAACUUUUGGGAAGUUGAGUUAGCGGAGUUGGCUGCACCGAUCUUCCCGGUGCCUUUAUCCAACGUUUCGAUCGCUAAGCCAACAUACUGUCUGAGAUACGAAGAAGAAUUUCAAAUCAACAAACGGCUUGGAGUUCCGGCAUCUGCUUUAAUCAAACUUGCCUGGGCAAUUGUUGUUUCAAAAUCUACCGGAGUCGAUGAUGUCUUGUAUGGCUCGGUCGUUAAUGGGCGAAGUGCCCCCAUCCCUAAUGUCGACCGAAUCAUCGGGCCUACGAUUGCAACGGUCCCAGUGCGCGUCAAAUUGAACUUAGAACAGACAGGUCUUGAGGCGAUGUACGAACUUCAAGCGCGAAGUAUUCGGACAAUCCCACACGAGCAGACUGGACUUCAAUCGAUUAAACACUUGGGCAGUCAGUAUCGUACCGCUUCCCAGUUCCAGAAUAUUCUUGUCAUUCAAGCUCCGCAAGACGAAACAAAUGACCAGGGGUCGAUUUUCCCUGCUAAAGAUAUCACUGAAGGCGAUGCAUUUGGUACAUAUGCCUUGGAAGUGGUAUGUCGCUUGAAACCGCAGCGCAUUGUAUUAAAAUUUCUUUUCGACGGAUCAGUUAUCUCCGAAUCGCAGGUAAACAGAAUGUCCCAUCAACUGCGACACACAAUGGCUCGCUUGAACUCAGCAUUCGAUGAGAAACUUUCCAUCCUGUCCCGAAAUAUCAGCACAAUGGACAUCCCCGGCGCGGGCGAAGGCAACAGCGAGCUAUGCCCGGCUGUCCAACAGGAUCCUCGCGAGAAAAUUACCACAAAAUCUGUGACAGGCCACCACUUCUCAGGAGGUUUAUCCACGAACGGCGUUCAGGUCAUACCAAUAACUUCCCGAGACCGCCAGGGUAUAGAGAAAGUUUGGUCGUCAGUACUUGAAGGCUCGGAGGCAACACCCUUUCCAUCUCUGCCGUGCAGUGACUACGUUCCGAGAACGCAAACGACUUUGAAACAUAAGAUCCCAAUGGCAGAAAUGCCUGUUACGAGAACUACCGCGGUCAAAUUUGCCUGGGGGGUUGUUAUCUCACUGUACACGGGAUCGAAAGACGUUGUUUACGGCAUGACCACCUCUGGAGGCCAUAAAUCACCUGCCAUCGCUGACGUCGCUGGAACACAGAUUGCGACUUACCCUCAGCGGAUUUUAUUCACACCGGAGAAGACCAUUUUAAAAGCAAUGCAGGAGCUGGAACAGGAAUCGGUGGACAUGUGUACAGUCUAUGACUUUGGCGUACAAAAUAUCCGCCGAAUCAAUCCCACCACAGCUGCAGCGUGCAGCUUCCAAAACGUGCUUAUCAUACAGCCUGAUUCUAGCAAAGAAGCCUUGAUUGGAGAUAUGCCCACCACGGAACAAGGUUUGGGCACAUAUGCUCUCACUCUCAAAUGUGACUUGUCGAAAGAUUCAAUCCAGACGUGCCUGAGCUUCGAUGAUAGCCUUUUAUUGUCUCAAAAUGCACAGAGAUUGUUAUUCACGUUCUCACAUGUUCUACAUCAGCUUGGGAUUCAAAACUUAGAUUCCAGAUUAGCGAAUCUCAAUACCCUCAGCCCUGAAGAUGAAAGUCAACUAUCUCGAUGGACUGAUAGUUCUCCACAAUAUGUGGAGGGUCUCUUGCACCAGCAAAUCCAGUCUGUCUUCGCACAACAGGGUAACAGUCCCGCUGUCUGUGCCUGGGAUGGUGACUUCACAUAUCACCAAGUUGACGUCCUUUCUUCAAACCUUGCCUGGUGUCUUCAGUCUCUUGGCAUUACUGUAGAAUGCUUUGUUCCGAUUUGUUUGCAAAAGACUCGCUGGACUCCUGUGGCAAUCCUGGGCGUCAUGAAAGCCGGUGCUGCAUUCGUCCUUCUUGAUCCAUCCCUUCCUACACAACGCCUGAAGAAAAUGUGUGAGGAUCUGAAUGCAAAACUUAUGAUCACGUCAAAUGAGCAGGAAAUACCACCAGCAACGCAGCAGCUCUUGGCCAAUAUUCUUGACAUCACUGCGGCCAAUCCGACGUGGCAAAACCAAGAAAAUCUCACUUGCGUGCCACCAUCAAACGUGAAGCCAUCCAGUGCGUUAUACUGCGCCUUUACUUCUGGAUCAUCUGGCCGACCAAAAGGAGUAAUCAUUGAACACAAAGCUCUUUGCUCUUUGCUUCCCAUCUGGGCUCAGAAAGCUCGACUGAACUCUCAGUCACGAGUUUUGCAAUUUACAUCAUAUGCAUUCGAUCCAUGCAUUACAGAAAUGCUCUCUACUCUUUUCGUCGGUGGCUGCAUCUGCAUCCCAUCCGAAGUGGAAAGGCGUGAGGAUCUGGCUACCGCAGUAAGAAGAAUGCGAGUCAAUUGGGCAGAUCUGACCCCGUCUGUUCUUCGGACAUUGAAUCCCACAGAUCUCUCGUGCCUUCAGACUAUAGUCUGCGGUGGUGAGCCCAUGUCCAUGCAGGAAGUGCAGUUGUGGAGCGAUCAUGUGUAUUUGAUCAACGCUUACGGCCCGACUGAGACUUGCAUUACCUUUACCAUGCAGCCCGCUAUCACACUCGCCUCUGACCUACAGAACAUCGGACAUCCUAUUGCAGGGGAUUGUUGGGUAGUUGACCCUUCUGAUCAUAACAGGCUCGCCCCAAUUCACGGGAUUGGGGAAUUGGUUCUUGGAGGUGCCAUGGUCGGUCGUGGGUACAUCAACAGCCCUGCUGAAGAUUCAGCUUUCAUUUCAACCUCGCCGUCAUGGUGGGAGCAUUUCCGAAAAGGCAGUCAGGAGACACGCCUAUAUAAGACUGGCGAUCUGGUUAGAUACGCUGAUGAUGGCUCGUUGCAUUUCAUUGGUAGGAAGGAUUUUCAAGUCAAAAUCCGCGGUCAACGAGUGGAAUUUUCCGAGAUCGAGAAGACUAUUCUAGAAUAUUUCUCGCUGGCAAAAGGUGUUGCUGUUGAACAAGUGCCAGAUAACCACAACAAGUCCUCUGGUAUCCUUACGGCUUUCAUAGAAGUCAUCCGCCAUGAGUGUGGCAAUGUGCAUGAUUGUCAGAGCUUGAGUGAAAGUCUUUUCACCAUUCCUUGCAGCAAUCUCCAUCAGCUUCUUGUCAUUCUCGCAAAGGACCUGCAAGAGCAACUCCCAUCAUACAUGACUCCAGCUCGAUAUCUGGUCGUCGGUCAGCUGCCAUUUGCCAUUUCAGGUAAGACAGAUCGCCGGAGACUGAGGGAUGAAGCCUUUUCCCUUUCUCCGAAUGAUUUGUCCCAUUUGACCACCGCAGCGCAGGCUAGGCGACCACCUUCCACGCCCGCAGAGGAAGCCCUGUGUCAAUCUUGUGCCACGGUCUUGGGUCUUGAACCAGUGACUGUUGGUAUGGACGAUUCGUUCUUCCAUCUUGGUGGAGACUCCAUCCUUGCAAUCCAAUUUGUCUCUCACUCACGAAAGCUUGGAUUUGUCUUCCAAGUCGUCGAUGUUUUCAAAUACCCAGUGCUUUCGGAUCUAGCUUUUAUUGCGUGCCCCAGAGAGGACGUUGAGCUAGACUAUGGUAUCGAACGCGGGAGAAUAUCGAUUCUACCACAAUUUGAGUACGAAGACCUAUUAAUGCACAUCAAUGGACCCCCUCAACAUUUCUUGACCGCGCAACACAUCCAGGAUAUUCUGCCGAUGACGGCUGGUCAGGUUAUGAGACUUCAUGAGCCGUGUUACCACUUCACUCUUGAAAUAUCUGACAAAAUUGACAUGGACCAACUAGAUGUUGCCUGCCAGGCACUGGUGCAACGCUACGACACAUUGCGCACUAUCUUCCAGAAACACAACUCCACAUGGACACAGAUUAUUUUGAAGAAACUCGAAUUGCGUCUUGUUCGUUAUGAGACCAAUAAGGACUUGAGAAGCUUCGUGGAUGGGGUUUGCGCGGCAAACAAUCUUUCCAUACCCCCUGUCAGCACCCCUAUAGUCCAGUUCUCUAUUGUCCAGGGCUCGGAUCGUAAGUCAUGCCUCAUCAUAAGGCUUUCUCACGCCCUCUACGAUGGAUACGCAUUGGAAAUUCUCAGCAGAGACCUCAAGUCUUUGUAUGAAGGCCUUAUCAUGGAUCCACCGGUUCCCUACUCGCUUCACAUAGAUCACUGGCGCCAGGCCCAACAAGAUCUGCGAGGUCUAAAUUUUUGGAAAGCCGAGCUUCAAAACUUCCAUAUGUCUCGUCCGGGUGAUGUUUCAAGUCACUGUGUGGGAAGCAAGCCCUUCAUGGUUGCCGUUCGGACCGAGAUACCUCUUCUGAAGGCUCCGGCGGGUAUCACGCAGGCAACCCUCAUUAAAGCCGCUUGGGCCUUGACCCUCUCUCAAUUUUCCAACAUAAACAACGACAUAAUAUUCGGCCUCACCACUAGCGGGCGCAGUCUGGAUACAAGAUCUGAGCAAAUCUUUGGUCUUUGCAUAAAUCAAGUCCCUGUUCGCGUUCGAUUAGACCCAAAUCAGACCGUUCGCGCCCUUAUGGACCAGAUCCAACAUCAAUAUGCGGAGAGCUUGGCCUUUGAGCUGGUCGAACUUGGCAAUGCGGUAAACGAUGCUCAAGGCUCCAUGUUUGGCAGUGUCCUGACUUUCCAAAACACUGCUCUCCAGAGCCAAAUGCCUGAUCUGGGAGGAGUGUCAUGCUCGUGGUCUGGUGCGGUCGAAGUUGGACAACACAGGACUCGUCACUAUGUUGAGUUAGAAGUGGAACCUGGGGAGACCACCUUGCAUGUUUUCCUAGGAGCUCCUAACACAAUUUGGACUCGGGAACGUGCCAAUGAGGUUCUUCGUGUUUUGUGUGAUUACAUUCCACUGGUGGCUGGGAAUCCCGGAAACCGUUUGAGUGAACUCAGCCUGUAG